UGUACCGAAGCGAUCAUCAGAGAUGGCGAGCAUCGAGAUACCUCUUCGUGAUACGGAUGAGGUUAUCGAAUUGUACCUGGAUCAACUACCCGACGGCGAUGAGGUUCUCGGUAUUUUACGGCAGGAACAUGCCCAGCUCAGCAUCUGGGUCAACCUGGCGCUCGAGUAUUACAAGCAACAGAAGAUCGAAGACUUUAUCAAGAUUCUCGAAUCCUCGAGGAUCGACGCUAACGUCGACUACAGAGACUAUGAAAAAGACCAGAUGCGAGCGCUGGAUAUGCUGGCCGCUUACUACGUCCAGGAGGCGAAUCGCGAGAAGAACAAAGACAAGAAGAGAGAUCUCUUCACCAAGGCGACGCUGCUCUACACUACGGCGGACAAAAUUAUCAUGUACGAUCAGAAUCAUCUCCUCGGUCGAGCUUAUUUCUGUCUCCUCGAAGGGGACAAAAUGGAACAGGCUGACGCGCAGUUUAACUUCGUUUUAAAUCAGUCGCCUAACAACAUUCCCUCGCUCUUGGGGAAGGCGUGUAUAGCUUUUAACAAGAAAGAUUAUCGCGGAGCUUUGGCGUUCUACAAAAAAGCGCUCAGGACGAACCCCAAUUGUCCGGCAGCGGUCAGACUCGGAAUGGGACAUUGUUUUAUGAAGCUGGGUAACCAGGACAAGGCUAAAAUGGCGUUCGAGAGAGCUUUGCAAUUGGACGCGCAGUGCGUCGGAGCUCUUGUCGGCCUCUCGGUCCUUAAACUGAAUCAGCAGCAGCCGGACAGCAUCAGAACAGGUGUUCAAAUGUUGUCCAAAGCUUACACGAUAGACUCGACAAAUCCAAUGGUUCUGAACCAUUUGGCGAAUCAUUUCUUCUUCAAGAAAGAUUACAACAAAGUGCAGCAUUUGGCUCUGCACGCCUUCCACAAUACAGAAAACGAAGCUAUGCGUGCCGAGAGCUGCUAUCAACUCGCCAGAGCCUUUCACGUCCAGGGAGAUUACGACCAAGCCUUCCAAUACUAUUAUCAAGCGACUCAAUUCGCUCCGCCGGUUUUUGUCCUGCCUCAUUUUGGCCUCGGUCAAAUGUACGUCUAUCGCGGAGACGCCGAGAACGCAGCGCAAUGUUUUGAAAAAGUUCUGAAAGCCCAGCCUGGAAAUUAUGAAACAAUGAAAAUUCUUGGCUCUUUGUACGCCAACUCAAACUCCCAGUCAAAAAGGGACAUAGCUAAAAGUCAUCUGAGAAAAGUAACGGAACAAUUUCCUGACGACGUCGAAGCGUGGAUCGAAUUGGCUCAGAUUUUGGAGCAAAGCGACCUAACAGCUGCACUGAAUGCCUACGCUACGGCCACCAAAAUCCUUAAAGACAAAGUUCGGGCUGAUAUUCCGCCUGAGAUCCUCAAUAACGUCGGUGCUCUCCAUUACAGGCUUGGAAAUUUAGAAGAAGCAAGAAACAACUUGGAGGAGUCUUUGGCGAGAUCGAAAACCGACGCUGAACAAGAUCCUGUUUAUUACAAUUCCAUUGCAGUCACUACGACGUAUAAUUUGGCCCGCCUAAACGAAGCAUUGUGCGUAUUUGACCGUGCAGAAAAACUGUACAAAGACAUUUUGAAAGAACAUCCAAACUAUGUGGACUGCUACUUGCGCUUAGGCUGCAUGGCCAGAGAUAAGGGUCAAAUUUACGAAGCUUCGGAUUGGUUCAAAGAUGCCUUGAGGAUAAAUAACGAGCAUCCGGACGCCUGGUCGCUCUUGGGAAACUUACAUUUGGCUAAAAUGGAGUGGGGACCAGGGCAAAAAAAAUUUGAAAGGAUCUUGAAAAAUCCAACGACCAGCACAGAUGCCUACUCGCUUAUUGCCUUGGGUAAUAUUUGGCUGCAGACUCUUCAUCAAAGUGGAAAAGACAAGGACAGAGAGAAACGACACCAGGAUAGAGCCUUGGCCAUGUUCAAGCAAGUAUUGAGAAACGAUCCAAGAAAUAUUUGGGCUGCAAACGGUAUAGGAGCUGUGCUUGCUCACAAAGGUUGCGUUAACGAAGCCAGAGAUAUAUUUGCGCAAGUCAGAGAAGCGACGGCUGAAUUUUGCGACGUCUGGUUGAACAUUGCUCACAUUUAUGUGGAGCAAAAACAAUUCGUCAGUGCUAUUCAGAUGUAUGAAAACUGCUUGCGGAAAUUCUACAAGUACCACCACGUAGAGGUUCUUCAAUACCUGGGCAGAGCUUAUUUCAAAGCUGGAAAACUGAGGGAAGCUAAAAUGACGUUGCUUAAGGCUCGCAGAGUAGCUCCCCAAGACACAUUACUGUUGUACAAUAUUGCUCUGGUCCUACAAAGAUUGGCGAUGCAAAUUUUGAAGGAUGAAAAAUCGACGUUGGUUAUCGUAUUGCAAGCUGUACACGAAUUAGGAUUAUCCCAUAAAUAUUUUCAAUUCCUGGGUAUGCAGGGUGAGAAAAUGGAUCAACUUGCUGAAAUUGAAGCGAGAAAAUGUCAAGAUUUGUUGUCGCAAGCGCAGUACCACGUUGCUCGAGCGCGAAGGCUGGACGAGGAGGACAAAAUUCUCCGAAAAAAGCAGGAGGAAGAAAGACAAGCCUUCAGAAUACGCCAAACGGAAGAACAGAAAAAGGUGGAAGAUAUGCGUCGCCAGAAGUCAGAAGCCAUGUUACAAAAGCGACAAGAAUAUGUGGAGAAAACGAAAAAUGUUUUGCUAUUUGGUGACAUGCCAUCCGAAAAGCCUACAAAGAAGGGUAGGAAAGUAAGGUCCGAACAAUAUCUAAGCGAUAGUGGCUCAGAGAGGAAUGAACGUACCGAAGAUUCAGCUCCCAGAGAAAGAAAACGAAAGAGAAAGAGCAGUGGCGAGAGAAAGGAACGGAAAUCGUCAGGGAAGGGGAGAAGGAAAAGGCAUGCUAACAGCGGAGAAAGUGGAGGUUCGGGAAGUGAUCGACCGAAAACGAAGCGUGGCAGAAAAGCGGGAGGAAGUAACAAAGGCAAAGCAUCUCGCAAGAGUGGCACCGCUGAUUUAUCAAGUAAACAAAAAAUGCGAAUUGUGUCUAAAGAAACUAUUUCGACAAGUGAAUCUGAGAGCGAUAACGAAAGACCUAACAUGGCGAGCGGAAACGAGAGCGGGGAUGAAAACGCAGGGCGAGGAAGACGGAGAAUCGCAUCGGAAUCUGAAGGUUCUCGCGCCUCACGUUCUAGGUCAAAAUCUAGCAGCCGUUCGAAGAGUGGCUCGCGAUCGCGUUCAAGAAGCGGUUCACGAUCCAGAAGUGGAUCUAGGUCCAGAUCUACAUCUCGCAAAAGUGCCUCGAGGUCGCGAAAUCAGUCACGAUCACGCUCCAGAUCUAACAGCGGAUCACGAAAAAGUGGUUCCAGAUCGCGAUCCAGGUCCAGAGGAAGCAGUGGCUCAAGAAAAAGUGGCUCUAGGUCCAGAUCCGGGUCGCGGUCAAGAUCAAGAUCAAGAUCAAAAUCUGGUUCAAGAUCACGAUCCAGAUCGAAAUCAGGGUCAAGGUCACGGUCACGAUCUAGAUCACGCUCAGGCCAAAGCAAGUCUAGGAGUAGGAGUAGGUCGAGGUCCGGAUCAAGAUCAAGAUCGAGAUCAAAGAGCGGCUCCAGAAGCAGAAGCGCUAGUGGAUCGGCAAGAUCCGCAAGUCCCGUCUCUCGGAAAUCGAUAUCUGGCAGUGAAGAUGGAUCUCGCCAUUCGAGUCCGCAAAGAGGUGGACAGAGUGGCAGUGAGUAAUGGAACGGUAACAAUUUUACUGUCAUUAAUUGAACAAUUAUUACCGUAACUGACUAUACAAUAUCCAAUUUCAUUAUAGUUUUUCUUGAACCCUAAUGAUCAGAAAAAUAAUUUUUUUCACUCAUUCCAAUUCACAAGUUGGCCAAUGUCUCGUCGGUAUUCGAAGGGAACUCUUCAGUUUCAAAUUGUAUAAACUAGACAAUCCAAUACUCUUGCAAUAUUAUAAAGAUCAAUGGUCCAGGAUCAAAGCCUAGGAUGUCUAAUUCAAGGUAGCAAGAAUGAGAUUAACGAGAAAGUGAAAAAGCUACGCAAUUGAUAAUAAGCCUUUUCGCACCAGGAGUAAUUGUACUUGAGUUGGAUAAGGAAUGAACCAUUCACAUUAACGAUAGUGAUGAGUUACCCUUCGUGCUAGCUACUGAAAAACAGAGUUGCCAAAUUUGCAAGCAAAGAAAUAUAUUUAUGUAAGUAGAACAUAUUGAAUUAGCAUCGAUGAUGUGUGUUUUAAUAUCAUCUAAGCGUUAAGAACGAUAAAUUUGUGAUAAUUUAGAAGUUGAAACAACAAAGAAAUCUAACAACUGUUACAUUUUAUCUAUACAGGAUUGAAAUUAUUGUAAACUCUGUGUAUCAGUGGAAAAAAAAAAAAUAUUACCCGCCUUGAAACCAUCAAUAAAAUAUCACACACAAGUAUUCA